UUUUCGCCAUGGCUCCCAAGUUUCUUCAUCUUUAUACUUGUUUCCUCUAAAUCUAAUAUUUUCUUGUUGGAUUUCCUCUGUUGGGGAUAACAAAGCUUAAUCCCUAUGUAGGAGUGGAACUCAUCAUCAUUGAAUGAAGUUUCUUUCGAGGGGAUGGAUGAAAUAGCGGCCAACGAAGCAACUGCAAUUAACAACAUCGAUAGCAAACGGUUUCUGAGAAAAGAGAGUGGGUUUUUGCCAAGUCGUCGAAGCUCCAACAUGCUUGAAAUGCAGGAAAUGCUUAUACCUGGUGACAUUAAUGUUCAAGAAAGCAAGAUGGGUUUGUUUAUAGAUGUCUUGGAUGGAAAGAAUGUCACUCGGGUUGAUACAUCAGAGCAUGCAUGUGUCAGCCCUCGAUUCGUGGAUGAUACCGGGACUAUGGUUGAAGAGUUAACUGUGAGAAAUUGUAAUAGUGGGAACUUGGAAAUAGGUGCCUCAAGCGCGAGAGACAAAAUGAUGCAUAAGGGACAGAACAAUUGGCAGCAAUUCCAUCGGAGAGCAGAAGGGGCAGUAACGGGUGUGUGGGAAGAUUCUGGCUCCACUUUAUUCCCGGAGCUUCUGAACAACAAACAACAAAGCGAAAAUCAAAAGGACACAAUGGACAAUUCACGACGUGAGGAAAAGCAACCUGCUUUAUGCAAUACAUUGUUAUCUCCUGGUGGGAUUCGAACAAAGAUUCUUUCUCAAUCCGGUUUUUCUCAGUAUUUUGUGAAAAAUACAUUGAAGGGAAAGGGUGUCAUUUGCAGUGGUCCAUCUCAUGAUGGUCUUGUUCAUAUUCGUGAUCAGAAUCAUCAAAAGGAUGCUUUGAGAGAUUUCAAUUCAGCGCCUGAUUCAAGUAAGGAAACUAUUGUUCACCCUUCAGACGGCAUAGCUGAGUCUUGGCCCAAUGUUUCUGGUGUUCAUGAUGGUUUGUGCCUGAGAGAAUGGCUUAAAGCUGGUCAGAACAAGGUGGACAAAUCCAAGAGUCUGUAUAUAUUCAAACAGAUUCUAGAUCUGGUUGACUCAUCACAUUCUCGAGGAGUGGCUUUGCAAGCCUUACGACCAUCGUCCUUCAAGUUGACGCUAUCAAACCAAGUUUUAUACACUGGUUCACCUAUCCAGAAAGAACUCAUGGGAAAUAUCGUGGGUAAAGAAUUUCAUCACAUGGAAAAUAAUGGAGAUGAAAAGAGGCCAUUGGAGCAUGAUCCUCUUCUUGGUGAUAACCGAAGCUCAAAAAGAAGAAAGCAUGGGGACGAGCGGAACUCUUUCCGUAGGUGGCCUCAAUUUACAGCACGUGCUGGUUUCAAAUACGGAAAUGCACAUGAUAUUGGCGCUGUUAAUGGCUUUCCUCGUGAUUCUGGGUAUGGAUUUAAUGAAGAGAGCAUCCCUAAAAGAGACGAUUCAUAUCCAAUCCAAAGCAUGUCCAAUACUCUGCAUGUGUCUGCUACGUCCCAAAUGGCGUCAAACUUACGCAGUGAUCCGUUGGAAGAGCAGUGGUAUGCCAGUCCAGAGGAUCAUAGAGAGAGGUGUUCCACUUUGUCUUCGAAUAUCUACUCUCUAGGCGUUCUUCUAUUUGAGCUACUUGCGUCUUCAGAAUCUGCUAGAACGCAUGCUAUUGCAAUGAUGGAUCUACGUCAAAGGAUCCUUCCUCCUAGUUUCCUCUCAGAGAAUCCCAAGGAAGCUGGAUUUUGUCUUUGGCUGCUUCAUCCUGAAGCAUUGUCACGCCCAACAACUAGGGACAUCCUACAGUCCCAGCUUGUAAGUGGAAUACAACAAUCGUCCAUGGAAGAGUUGUCAUCAUCCAUUGAUCAGGAGGAUGCUGAAUCGGAUUUGAUGCUGCAUUUUCUUGCAUCUGUAAAAGAACAAAAGCAGAAAAGUGCCACAAAAUUAGUCAAAGAUAUCAGGUACUUGGAAUCCGACAUUUCAGAGAUCGAGUUAAGACGACCAAAUAAUGUUUUUCUUGGUGAGCAGAAACAAUCCUAUGAAUCUGAAGGAAAUGGGUCCAUUCAAGAAAACCGUCCAACUUUGGGGGAAAAACUAAGACCGUCUGCAUUUUCUAGUUCCGGUGGAUCACGGUUGAUAAGCAAUAUAAAUCAUCUUGAACACGCCUACUUUUCUGUUAGGUCCAGCAUAGGGAUUCCCAACAGUGAUACAAACAAACCCGGGGAGCAUGAAAUUUUAAGAAGUCGGGAAAAUAAUAUGGGGGCAAUAAAGAAGGAAGCAAACAACAAACCUGUAGAUCACUUAGGGGUCUUCUUCAAAGGUUUGUGUAAAUAUGCUCGCUAUAGUAAGUUUGAGGUACGGGGUACUUUAAGGAAUGGUGAUUUUAGUAGUAUGGGAAAUGUUAUAUGUUCACUUGGUUUUGAUCGAGAUGAGGAUUAUUUUGCAACGGCUGGAGUGGCAAAGAAGAUAAAAGUAUAUGAUUUUCAAGCUCUAUUGAACGACUCUGUUGACAUCCAUUAUCCAGCCGUUGAGAUGUCAAAUAAAUCGAAGCUUAGUUGCAUUUGUUGGAAUAGCUAUAUCAGGAACUAUCUGGCUUCAACAGACUAUGAUGGCGUGGUCAAGUUAUGGGAUGCUGGAACCGGUGAAGCAGUUUCCCAUCAUAUCGAGCAUGAAAGGAGGGCGUGGUCGGUUGACUUUUCUCCAGUGGAUCCUAUAAAAUUAGCCAGCGGAAGUGAUGAUUGUUCUGUGAAACUAUGGAGCAUUAAUGAGAAGAAGAGCUUAGCCACAAUCAAAAGUGUUGCAAACGUCUGCUGUGUUCAAUUCUCUCCUUACUCUACUCAUUUGCUGUCUUUUGGGUCGGCUGAUUAUAGAACUUACUGUUAUGAUCUUCGGCAUACUUCCACCCCGUUGUGUACAUUGGCUGGCCAUGAUCGAGCUGUUAGUUAUGUGAAAUUCUUGGAUUCUGGAACCCUUGUUUCCGCAUCGACUGACAACACGCUAAAGCUCUGGGACCUCAAUAAAGCCAAUAAUGGUUGCUUAUCAACCAGCAGUUGCAUCUUAACCUUCAAAGGACAUACUAAUGAGAAGAAUUUUGUUGGUUUAUCGGUUGCUGAUGGAUACAUUGCAUGUGGUUCAGAAACUAACGAGGUGUUUGCUUACUAUAGAUCAUUGCCAAUGCCUAUCACUUCCCACAAGUUUGGCUCUAUUGAUCCUGUUUCGGGAAAAGAGACUGAAAACGAAAGCAAUCAGUUUGUUUCAAGUGUCUGUUGGAGAAAAAAAUCAGACAUGGUGGUUGCUGCCAACUCCAGUGGAUGCCUGAAAUUGUUGCAGAUGGUCUAACAGAGACAUCACCUCUUUGAACGGCAUGAUAAAUGGGUCCUCACUGUUCGUGUCAUCUUAAUACAACGAGCAUGUGUUUUUCAGUGGAGAAGAUUCUGAUGAAGCGUAUCCAACAGAAAAUUGGGCAGGCAAAGCACCAGGUUUCUUCUCUGGAAUUUUGGGAUGGAACUGAAGCUUCUUUCUUCUCUGUGUCGGCUUUUUGUUACGUGCUAAUGUAUUUCGAUGUUUCUUUUCUGGAAUCUGAUCGGUAUAUUGUGGUUGGAAUCUGCAGACUCUGCUUCGGAAAUCACCUGUUUGUAAAGUAAGUUUCUUCUUCACCUGAAUCUGGAGAAUCGUAGGAAUUUGGUUUUCAUUUUGAGUUUUCUUUAAUGGAAGAUUUAGGGUUCAUUUCUUCUUCAGACCCGUCUGUAUCCUCUACCUUCAGGAUUUCAUGGCAUCUUGGCUUCUUGUCAGCUGCAACAUUCAGCAAAUUAUCUACUCUUAUUUCCGAUUGGGAUCUCAGAAGCUUAAUCAAUUAAGCAGUUCUUUCUUUGGGAAGAUUCAGAUUCUUGAUCGGCAGACUUAAUAAACAGACCAAUCAUCUCGAUAAUAAGCUGACAUGUUGUCACUAGACGCUGGAUUUGCUGGAAUUGAUUCAUUUGCGAAUCCUGAAAAUGUGGAAAGCUUUCGGGUAUGUAAAGCUCGGAUUUACCUGAAAAUAAAAGACAUGGGAUACGGUAUAUAUUUACGAGUUUGGUCUUGGAUAUGAGCGGCGUUUGCAGGGAAAUCUGGGUAACAGUUGCUUGUUAGCAACAUUCGGUAAAUUGGAACCCAUGGUGAAACACUGACUGUUUGGACGAUUCGUGGGCCGUAGCCGUUCCCGGAAGGAAAUUUCGGCCGCUGUGCAUCCCUGUUGGACAAAGGUGAUUUAGUCCUUGGUUUGUGCCAUGUGGAAUGAGGACACGGUUUCAAACCCUGGACAAGGUGGUCCUCAGUGUGGGUGGCAGCCGGGGAGACGGUGUAGACUCGGACAUUGAUGGUGGCGAUAGGGGCAAAAAGGUCAUUUUGUAAAAAGUUCAUCUGUGAAAGUAGAUACUCUGUAAUGUUUUUAAAGAAUGUUACUUAUGCUAUCAACUUUUUAAGAUUUGUAUAUUUUAAAUCUAUUUGAGUUUAUAUU